AUGAGCAGCGAUCAAACCCAAGGUUCAGAGACUGAGAGCAGCUCCAAUUCCUUCACCUCCACAACACCACCUUCCUCGCCUUCCUCACUCCAAAACCCACUCUCAGCAAAUCUCCAAAAACCCAACUCCCCAAUCCAUCAAGAAAUCGAAUUGCCGGGCAAGAAAAACACCAAACGGGGCAGAGACUCCAGCAAGCACCCGGUUUAUCGGGGGGUCCGAAUGAGAAAUUGGGGCAAAUGGGUAUCCGAAAUCCGCGAGCCCCGGAAAAAAUCGCGCAUUUGGCUCGGCACCUUCCCGACGCCGGAAAUGGCAGCCCGAGCCCACGACGUGGCCGCGUUGAGCAUCAAAGGCAACUCAGCGAUUCUCAACUUCCCUGAACUCUCCGACUCGCUGCCUCGCCCGGUUUCACUCGCUCCACGCGACGUCCAAGCCGCGGCCUCCAAAGCCGCGCAAAUGCACCAAUUCGACGCCAACCCAUCAAUGUCGUGUUCCAUGCUGUCCUCGUCCUCGUCUUCUUCGCUGUCGUCGCUCGUCUCUGCCAUAGACAACCUGUCGACCGAGUCGGAGGAGCUGAGCGAGAUCGUUGAGUUGCCGAGUCUGGGUUACGAGUCGACCGAGUUGAGAAGCGAGUUCGUGUUUGUAGACUCGGAGGACCAAUGGGUUUACCCCCCUCCAUGGCUGCAGCGCUUGGGGGAUUGUGGCGGUGGGUAUGUUUGCGAUGAGUUGGGGACGCCGAGUUCAAGUGGGUUUGAGGGUUCGUUAUGGGAAUAUAAUUAG